GCCGCCAACUUCAAGCUAUCUUUGGGCGAUGUCAUCCUGGUCGCAACAGGGCCCUUGUUUAACUGAAGCGGAUAGGAACGCGGUCACGUCGUAAUGCCGCGCGUUCAUCUCAAUUUAGCCUCAGACGCACACCCCGAAAUCGAGCCCCUGGUCCACUGUUGAGAACUCUUUUGUGAUCUCCUUGUUGUUUUUCCGCAGUGUAAGUGUGGGAGUUCAACCAUGUGCUCAGUAACCCCAAGCCCGGCUAAAAAAUCUUCUUGGGAAGUCUUUACUUCUGCUCAAUCAUGAUUGCCCUGAAAGGGAUGUAUAUACACAUUGGCGUCGUUCGCUACACUCGGCAUAUCAUUCCGGUGACAGCGUGUAGUAGCGUUGGCCUAUCCUGAUUCUGCGGUGACAAUGAUACGUCUUUAUGUGUCCCAUGUCAUCGUCAUCAGAUCCGUUAAAUAAAGAGCAACGAAGCUGCGCUCCAUGAGUCCUCGCUCCCCGGUCCUCCUCACUCCGUAUCCCCAUGCUGUUCCUCUUUCAGUUGGCGUACUCUGUCCUGUGGGUUUCGCUUUAUGGCAAAACCUCAGCACAGUUACAGGCAGCUGCUGCCGACAGUCCGCAAUUCACAGCUUGUCCUGCCGGGACAAAUCUCAUUCGUCCGGCAUCAGUGUCAUCCAGCGGCCCAACUCAGCAAUCUCUUAGCACGUUUGAAAGCAAAUACAUCUCAACACGAGGCACGACUGUUCUUCCUGCCGCUUGGGCUUCUUAUUUCAAUACUGUCUCUUCUUAUUCACGUGCCCACGGUCUUUCUAGUCAGAUUCCUGCUUACGUCUCGCAGAUCCUGACAUCACACGCUCCUUCUGUCUUCCCAAGACUUGGCGUGGCUGCGAGUGGUGGAGGGUACCGUGCAGCGAUCUUCGGUGCCGGUGUCCUGGAUGCUCUUGAUUCUCGGAAUGCGACGUCAAAUAUGGCAGGAUUGGGAGGGCUGCUGCAGUCUGCGUCUUACAUUACUGGAUUGAGUGGGGGGAGCUGGCUCAUUCUAUCGCUUUCUCAGGCGGAUUUCCCUCCCCUUCCAGAAUUGGUUUUCGGUCCUUCGCAACCUGGUUCGAAACCUUUCGAUGGUUGGAACGCGCAGUUCGAUAUCACUCAGGCUGGAGGGACAAAUGCGUCUCUAACUGCUGCGUAUAUAUCUACGAUUAUACAAGAAAUCGUUGGGAAGGCCAAGACGGGGUUCCCGGUCACUUUCGCCGAUGUCUGGGCGAGGGCACUCUCGCGGCAUUUCGUGACGGGGACGAGAGGCGAUGAUAUAUCGACAUUCUUUGCAACAAAUGUCACCCAUGGAGCGGGUGUAACAUUAUCUGGCCUGACGGGACUAUCCACCUUCAAAAGCCAUACACAGCCGUUUCCGAUUGUGCUAGCGGAUGUAUUGUCCAGCAAUGGAAACAAGUCGAACAUAUUUAACGAAACUGGCAUCUUCGUGCCGCUCAGCAAUACCAUAUACGAGUUCAAUCCGUUUGAAUUCGGGUCGUUCGAUCCAAUGGUGGCGGCCUUCACUCCCACUCAAUUCUUAGGGUCUCCAAACAAUUCCAUUUGCGUGACAAACUUCGAUCAGUUAUCUUUCGUGGAGAGUGCAUCUUCGAAUUUGUUCAACGAGUUCAAUACUUCUGCUGAGGCCCUGCAGAACUCACCUAUUGGCCCCAUAAUCGCGCUACUAAACGCGUCCAUACCUCAAUCACCUGCUGUUGAAUUGGAUGCGGCAUCGGUGCCCAAUCCAUUCUUCGGAGUCCCCGGUACGCAAGGCUUCGUAAACCUUGAUGCGGAAGAGAAGUUCCUCAAAUUGGUCGAUGGAGGUGAAAAUGGUGAAAUCGAUCCAUUACAACCGCUCCUAGUCCAGGCGAGAGAAGUGGACACCAUUUUCGCAAUUGAUGCACCCGCAGAUAACGCGGAUAAUUUUGCUGAAGGCUUCUCCAUAAUUGCUUCGCAGCAACGAGCUUCGCUGUUCCCCUCUGUCUAUUCCUUCCCGCCCGUUCCUACGACAGUAUCUGAAUUCGCAGCUCGCAACCUCACAAAGCGACCGACGUUCUUCGGCUGCAAUAGUUCGACAUCCCUUCAUUCACUCCAUACUCCUCUCAUUAUCUAUAUUGCAAAUGGGGCCCCUCCGCUCGGCCAAGAACCGCUCACUAACACGGCAACUAUGCAAACCACCUACGAACCUGAGCAAAUCAGAGGAAUGUUGAACCAAGUGUUUGAUAUCGCCACGCAAGGCAUUCCUCACGUGAAUCAAAGAACUGGCACCUUGGAAAAAGAUGCCGAGUGGCCCGUUUGCCUGGCUUGUGCUGUCGUGGAUAGGGCGAGAGCGCGGUUGGGGGUGAAGAGAAGUGGCAUUUGUGCAUCCUGUUUGGAUAGGUAUUGCUGGAGUUGACAUCAUAUGCGGUAGAUGUAAGGGACCAGCGAUACAUGCGCCAAAUCACAAAAGGGUAGCAUCGGUCUUCGAAUGCGUCUUGUGGAAUGUGUGCUUGCGGCCAUCUGCCGAAGAGUCUUCCUUUGUCGCAAAUGAAUGGGUACUCCGUUGGAAGGCCUUGAGCAAAACCAUAACCUCAGAACUUCAACAAGCCUUUCGCCACCAGUGAGGGCAUAUGCGAUCUUAUUUCAGCCUGGACGGACGAUGAGAGCGGGUGAGGCUCAUUUCCUGUCACAUCAAUUGCUAUGCACCGCAUGCAUUCAAGUUGGGUGAAACGAGACAUCAUGCGCUCCAACUCAGCCCAAAUGUCCAUCGAGAAAUAUGCCGGUAUAUCUUGGUCCCAACGCAUGGCCUCGAACUCGAUCGUUAUGUUGUGAAUGCGGGUGGGUAGGGAGUCAAUUGCGAGAAUAGCAUCCAAAAGCGGGUUGCGUGGUUCUGGAACAAGGAUGCUGACCUCUCUAAGCGAGGUGAACUCCCGAAGGUUUAAAAGGUUCCAAGGCACACCGCCUGCAGACAUGGUUAUAUGUUAUCUUGCUCUCUACGGCUGUCCCAUACGCAGAAAGACCAGAUGCUUCUUGAUGCGGACAUCAAGCUCUCGAAGGGCUUGAAAAAGCCCCGGGUUCACGAUCCACCCCACAUCCAAGUGAGUUAAUGAAUCGACUGUUGAUGUAAUCGAUAGAGCGGCAAGGAGGGCAGGGGUCCCUUCGCAACUGUGGUCCGCCUUGAAGCUACGCAAGGCAAGAUGGUUGGGGAAAAAAUCAGAAGGGUAGUCAAGAGGAUCCUCUAUGUUCAAGAGACGGAGUUCGCGAGCGUGAGGGAAAAGGGAAAGAAGCGGAAAACAUUCUACGGAAGUACCAAUAUCACCUGAGCUAGUGAAAUGCACUGUCUCAAAAGUUAGAGAUUUAAUGAGAGGGUACGAAGCAAGUGGGUUAAGUGACGAGUGUUUAACCC